AUGGAACCUCACAGGCUGACCGCAACGCAAGCAUUGCACAAGAUCCGGGGAAAUGAGCUCACAGUCGAGGACUACGCCAAGUCGCUGCUGAAGCGCAUCGAAAGACGAGACUCCAUCGUCAAGGCAUGGGCUUAUCUGGACCCAGUGCAGGUGUUGAAUGAAGCUAGGAGGCUGGAUCGGAUUCCAGUGAACCGCCGAGGACCUCUACAUGGCCUUCCUGUUGGUGUUAAGGAUGUUAUCUACACCAAGGACAUGCCAACGCAGCACAAUUCGCCUCUCUAUGAAGGAAGUGCACCACAGGUAGACGCUGCGUCUGUCCUUAUCCUACGCAACGCAGGCGCUUUGAUAUUUGGCAAGACAACAACAACUGAAUUCUCCUCAACAACAGAAGGUCCCAAAUCCCGCAAUCCCCACGACCAAUCACGCACCCCAGGGGGCUCAUCUUCCGGCUCAAGUGCAGCCGUUGCAGAUUUCCAGGUCCCCGUGAGUCUGGGCACUCAAACUGGCGGCAGCACAAUUCGGCCCGGCUCGUUCAAUGGUAUUUGGGCGCUGAAACCAACGUGGAAUACGAUUAGUCGCGAGGGGCAAAAGAUAUGCUCGUUAAACUUUGAUACACUGGGACUGUUUGCUCGUAGUGUUGAGGACCUUGCGUUACUCGCAGAUGUUUUUGGACUCGAGGAUGACGAAGCGCCACUAAAGCAGUUUGUGCUGAAGGGAGCGAAGUUCGCAGUCUGCAGAACCCCAAUUUGGGAAAGUGCAGGCCUGGGCACAAGAGCUGCACUGGAGAAGGCUGUGGCGUUAUUGAAAAUCCACGGAGCCCAAGUUGACGAUAUUGACCUUGGACCGGACUUCAAAGAUCUCCCACAAUGGCAUGCUACCGUACAGUCCACCGAUGGUCGCGUGUCUUUCCUACCAGAGUACCGGCGGCCAAAGGGCAAAGACAACCUUGGUCCGUCUGUCGUGGAGCAAGUCGAAAACACAGGAAGAUAUACUCAUGCAGAUCAACUACGUGCAUUAGACGGUAUUGCCGCUCUGCGUCCGAAAAUCGACGCUAUUGCUGGUCGCUAUUCAGCGAUACUCACUCCGAGUGUUGUCGAUGAAGCGCCCCUUGGAUUUCAUACGGGAAGCUACGUUUUUAAUAAUAUCUGGACUGCACUGCAUGUCCCGGUUAUCAACAUUCCAGGGUUUCAAGGUAAGCAGGGGUUGCCGAUUGGGUUGUCGUUGAUUGCGCCAAGGUACCACGACCAGCAGCUUCUUAAAGUUGCUGGGGAAGUGGGUAGGAUAUUUGAGUCUGAAGGUGGAUGGAAGUCGAAGCUUUGA